AAACUCAAACAACGUGAAGCAGAAAGAAGGGAAAGUCAACAAAAUGUACUUUUCCAACCUACGACAAAUUUUUCAGAUUUCGACAGUAUAGAACAAGCACCACAUAACGAACAUUCCAGUGAAAAUGUAUACAUGAAGGGUGCUCUUAAUAAAGAACGUCAGCGAAAAUACAGGGAACUGCACCGAGAAGAACUCCAACAACGUGAAGCAGAAAGAAGGGAACGUCGGCAAAAUGUACAGUCGAGUGCUAAUGAUUCGAAUUCAGAUAGUAUACAACCGUAUUUCAACAGCGAUCUGCAUCGAGACAAUACACAAUAUUUGGAAAUAACACAGAAUAUUAUUGUUAACGAUAUGACUGAACGCAUGGUUGUAAUUAAAUCAGAAGUCGACGACACAGCUAUAAAGGACGAAUAUGUGAACCUUCUUUCUACUAAUGUUGGUGAAUCAAACCUCGAGACAUGUAUUAAAAUUGAAAAAUCUGAUGUCGAGGACAGUUCUGACUGGACCGUGUCAAUUCCAGAGCAUCUGUCUACUGGUGUUGGUGAAUCAAACCCUCAGAUGUCGAUUAUUAAAAUUGAAAAAUCUGAUGUCGAAGACAGUUUUCAUUGGUCUUUUUCAAUUCCAGAGCAUCAUCUGUCUACUGGCGAGGCCGUAAAUAAAUCGGAAGUUGACCAAAUCGAUGAAGAUUGUUAUUUCAAACCUGAAUUAAAACUUGAAGCUGAUCAAGAUUUUACGGUUAUAAAGAACGAAUAUGUGGAUCCUUUUUCUACGGAUUCCGUUGAAUCGAACUGCGAUACAGCAAGUAUUAAAAUUGAAGAAACCGAAGUCGAGAACAUAUUUACUGAUUUAACAUUUUCAGUUUCAGAGCCGCUGUCUACUGGUGUUGGCGAAUCAAACGUCGAGACAAAAAGUAUCGGAGCUAAAGAAGAAUCUGAAGUCGAAACCGGUUCUGAUACGGAAAAUCCGAGAAGACCGAAAAUAAUUCACACAGGAGAAAAGCGUUUUCAGUGCGAAUUGUGCCUGAAGACGUUUUCACAAUCUGGACAUCUGAAAACGCACAAAAUGACGCACACGGGCGAGAGGCCUUACCCGUGUGAAGUGUGUCCCAAGACGUUUACACGGCCUAGGUAUCUUAAAGCGCACAAAAUGACACACACGGGCGAGAGACCGUACCAGUGCGAGAUGUGCUCGAAGACGUUUACGAAAAAAGGGAUUUUAAAAGAGCACAAAAUGAUACACACGGGCGAGAAGCCGUUUAAAUGCGAAGUUUGCUGCAAGACGUUUUCACAAUCUGGACAUCUCAUAACACACAAAAAGACACACACGCCGGAGAGGCCUUUCCAAUGUGAAGUAUGCUUAAAGACGUUUCGUCUACCUGGGUAUCUUAAAACGCACAAAAUGACACACACGGGCGAGAGACCGUUUCAAUGUGAAGUGUGCUCGAAGUCGUUUUUGGAAUCCGGAACGCUUAGUAGACACAAAAUGACACACACUACUGAAAGGCCUUUCGAAUGUAAAGUAUGUUCGAAAACAUUUUCACUGUCUGGAACUCUGAAAAGACACAAAAAAACGCACAAGAACGACGAUAGGCCUACUCGGUGACGAAUGUGCCUAAAAAGGUUUAAUUUCUUAAAAAAAUCUAAACACAUCGGUGACAUGCAGAUGAAUAAAACCCUUUUGAUUUGUUUGGCCCUUGUUUUUCUUCGCUUUACUUAACGCUGUAUGGGAAUGCAUUCUUUUUGAUUUUUUUUACGUUUUCUCCCUAUUUUCAACAUGUCCAAUCCGUCUAAACUUCUUCUUUUAUAUUUCACAAUUGUUGUUGUUUUGUACACAAAUUAUUACUAUUAAGUUAUAUCUUUUUUUUUUUUGAUCACCAAAGAAUACCCUUGACAAUUUUGUAAAUUUACCUAUUAUUCAUAUUCUACAUAUUGUAUAUUUUAUGAUUAUUCGCAAGUAACUAAUUUAUGUGUGUACACUUAAAUGGUAUUUUCAAA